AUUAACAGCAGCCGACUUGAACACUUCCUUAAACACUAUUGAAGACUUUGAAGUCGAACCUCCUGGAAAACCGUCGUUCAAUAAACAAACCCGGUUCAAACUCGCGACAAACAAGACAUUUUCCAGCUCGGCGGGAGAGGAAGCUUUGGUGAGUGGUCACCAUGGCACCCUUCCUGCGUAUCUCCUUUAAUGCUUAUGAUGUUGGUGCUCUGCCUCCUCUGUCGGACCCUCCCAUCUGCGCUAUCAAGAUGAAGGAGUCUGUCAACACAGAGCGAGGAAAGACCUUGGUCCAGAGGAAGCCCACCAUGUAUCCAGUCUGGAAGUCCACUUUUGAUGCUCACAUCUAUGAGGGGCGAGUCAUAGAAGUGGUCCUCAUGCAGAGUGCUGAGGAGCCACUGGCCAAGGCCACGGUGGGCGUGUCCGUACUGGCAGAACGCUGCAAGAAGUCCAAGACUAGCGGCCGUGCUGAGUUCUGGGUGGACCUGCAUCCUUCAGGGAGGGUCCAGAUGGCUGUGCAGUUCUUCCUGGAGGACAGUGAUGCAGCAAUGUGUCAGCCAUCAGUGAAGGUUUCUCCUGAAGAUGGACUCACAACCCUCAACAGGAGGAGAGGAGCCUUCAAGCAGCCCAAGGUUCACUUCAUCAAAAACCACGAGUUCACCGCCACCUUCUUCGGUCAGCCCACCUUCUGCUCUGUGUGCAGGGAGUUUGUCUGGGGGCUCAACAAGCAAGGUUACAAGUGCAGACAAUGCAACGCGGCAAUCCACAAGAAAUGCAUCGAAAAAAUCAUUGGCAGGUGCACUGGGACAGCAGCCAACAGUCGUGACACUAUGUUCCAGAAGGAACGCUUCAAGAUUGAUAUGCCUCAUCGCUUCAAACACUACAACUAUAAGAGUCCCACUUUCUGUGACCACUGUGGCAGUCUGCUGUGGGGUCUCUACAAACAGGGCCUUAAAUGUGAAGACUGUGGCAUGAACGUACAUAGUUACUGUCAGAAGAAAGUGGCCAAUCUGUGUGGAAUCAACCAGAAACUACUGGCAGAGGCUCUGUCUCAAAUCAGCCAGAAAUCUGUGAAGAAGCCUGAUAACUCCAAUGCAUCCGAUAUUGGGAUCUAUCAAGACAUCAACAGUGCAAAGGUGGAGCCUAGUGCAGAUGGCACUGGCAAAGGCCCUGCCCCUGCCACAGCUGCAACUACAACUCCCCGGGUACGCCUCAGUAUGAACCACCUGAUAUUCCACAAGGUGCUGGGAAAAGGCAGCUUCGGCAAGGUGCUGCUGGCAGAGCUGAAGGGACAGGGCCAGUACUUUGCUGUGAAGGUUCUGAAGAAAGAUGUCGUUCUCAUGGAUGACGACGUGGAGUGCACCAUGGUGGAGAAGAGAGUCCUGGCCCUCGCCUGGGAGAACCCUUUCCUCACACACCUCUACUCCACAUUUCAGUCUAAAGAGCACCUCUUCUUUGUAAUGGAGUACCUGAAUGGAGGCGACUUGAUGUUCCACAUCCAAGACAAAGGCCGCUUCGAUCUCAACAGAGCCACAUUCUAUGGUGCUGAGAUCAUAGUGGGACUUCAGUUCCUGCACACAAAAGGAAUUAUCUACAGAGAUCUGAAGCUGGACAAUGUGAUGCUGGACAAGGACGGACACAUAAAGAUAGCAGACUUUGGCAUGUGCAAAGAGAAUGUGUUUGGAGAAGCCCGAGCCACCACAUUUUGUGGGACACCAGACUACAUUGCACCUGAGAUCCUGCUAGGACAGAAGUACACCUUCUCAGUGGACUGGUGGUCAUUUGGUGUUCUGGUGUAUGAGAUGCUGAUUGGUCAGUCACCUUUCCAAGGCGACGAUGAGGAUGAACUGUUUGAGUCGAUCAGGUCGGACACCCCUCACUACCCUCGGUGGAUCACCAAGGAGGCCAAGAACCUAAUUGAACUGUUGUUUGAACGAGAUCCCAGUCGCAGGUUGGGUGUGGUGGGAGACAUCCGUGCCCAUCCGUUCUUCAAGACCAUCAACUGGCCAGCACUGGAGAAGAGAGAAGUAGACCCUCCUUUUAGGCCCAAAGUGAAAUCCCCCAGUGACUGCAGCAACUUUGACCGAGAGUUCCUGAGCGAGAAGCCACGGCUCUCCCAUGCGGACAAGAACCUCAUCGAUUCCAUGGACCAGACAGCAUUCGCUGGCUUUUCCUUUGUCAACCCCAGACUGGAAAACAUGAUCAGCAAAUGAAAUGGCUCCUCUGGGAACAUGGUCUUAGCCCAGCACUUUGGAAUAGGCUCUCAUUCUAUUCACGUUAUCUUCAUAAGUUCAACUGGAUGGAUAAAAAGAACAUGAAAUAUUUGGGCUUGACUGUGACUUCUUUUGUUCGUCUUUUGUAGGAUGAGAGAUGAAAUGAAAUGCUGGCAUCCUAAGCAAUAAUCUUGUCUCAGCUGUCAAACUGUAUAGGUGUAUAAAAUAAUAUAAAGCUCCAGGAAAUUAAGGGUGAUUGCUAUGAAACAAGGGUUACUAUAAUCAAUGCUGGGGGUAAAAGUCAAUGAUGCAUUAUUUUUCUUACUUUUCUGUCUAUUUUUUAUUUUUGUGAUGUUGACACCUUGAAUCUAUAAGAAUCACCCAAUGUACUGUAUCUGAAAAUUUUAAAAUCACAGGCACAACCAUGACAUCUUAUUUAGUUAUACAAAUAUAUACAUCCAGCACUGCGCAUGCAAGUCAAGAGAGUUCAGUGAUACAUACGGUGUUCACUCGCACUGUGUGCUUUGCCUGCUGCAUGCCUCGUAUUACACCCCACCUGUACUGUAUGUGUUUGUGUGUUACUGCAUGCAUACAAAUUUGUGGCUGUGCAGGUAUUUUUUUGAUGCAAACGGUGCUACUGUAGUCAUGAACGUUGUUGAAUUAGUUCUCAGUUGAUCCCUCUGGUAGACAUAUAAGGCAUCAUACAAAGAACGGCUCUAUAAAGUUGCAAGAGGGAUUUAAAUCCCUCUGAACUGAAGGUUAUUGCAGAAAUGAAUAGUUUUUUCCAUCACUGACAGCACUGUUGUGAGAAAUUGAAGGUGCUCUAAGCACACCCCCGAGUCUCACAUAAUCUCAAAAGCAUUAAUCUGUUUAUUUUUUAUUUUUUAUUUAGCACAUGAUUCCUACAUGGCAGUCUUUUGUGUGCCAUUUGUGUCAAACCUCUUGCUGUAUAUCAAACUGAAGCAUAGUGCAAGCAAUCGUUCCAUACAUUAAUUGAUUUUUGGGGACUUAAGACUUUUUGGUAAGAGUUGCAGCAAUGGUAUGGUACUAUACCUGAACAUCUAUAUGUGUUGAAGGAUGUGUUAUUUUGUGUGGGAGGGAUGGGCAUUUCACUGUUAACAUUUGGUCUCUAAAAUGUGUUAUAUUACUUGAAUGUAGGAAUUUUAACAUGAAAAUAAUAGUGCUGUAUAUGGAAAAUUAAUAUGUACAUUACAAUGAGCUGCCUGUGAGUUAUGGGUGUACUUUUUUACUCUCUGCGUCUUUUACAUCUGAUUAUAAAUAAAUGCAUUGUAAACUCUUAAUUAAAUCCCUGUCAGACGGUG